UUCAUGACUAAGAACCCGUCCAAGCGACUUGGCUGUGUUACUUCUCAAGGAUGUGAAAAGGCUAUCCUCGUUCAUCCCUUUUUCCAUGACAAAAUUGACUGGGAUGCGUUAGAACUACGCAAAGUUCGACCACCUUUCAAGCCAAAAAUUAAAAACAAGACCGACGCCAACAACUUUGACCGGGACUUCACAACAGAAGACCCCGUGCUGACCCCAGUAGACCCGGCGCUGAUCAAGACCAUCAACCAAGAAGAGUUCAGAGGCUUCUCAUUUGUGAACCCAGAAUAUGGGAAACUGCAGUUGGAGGCCAGCGGGCAAACACAUUGA